CGACGUGAUUAUCAUGACAUGCGCAGAUACUGAACGAUUAUCACGUGGUCAUAGGUAACGACCUCUUUCUGAAAAUACCGGUGUCCUCGGUUUUAGGCUUCAGCAACGUUAGCCGAAUUUUCCAUCAAUCGACUGCUUCAGCAGCUUGACAAAAGCAAAGAUGACUGACAAAAUUGGUUUCUUAGAAAAUUUUGCCCUUAGUGGCGCUGCUGCUGCUAUUUCUAAAACAGCUGCUGCACCAAUUGAACGAGUGAAGCUUCUUGUACAGAAUCAAGAUGAAAUGAUUAAAGCUGGUCGAUUAGACAAACCAUACAGUGGUGUCAUUGACUGUACAAUGAGGACCUUCAGGAAUGAAGGAGUCCUUCCUUUCUGGAGAGGAAACAUGGCAAAUGUCAUUCGGUAUUUUCCAACCCAAGCCCUUAACUUUGCUUUCAAGGACCAGAUUAAGGCUAUGUUUAAAUCAUCAAAGAAUGAAAGUCAAGCAAUUAAAUUUGGCAAGAAUGUUAUGUCUGGUGGUGUUGCUGGAGCCAUGUCCUUGUGCUUUGUGUACUCACUAGAUUACUGCAGAACACGUUUAGCCAAUGAUGCCAAGGCAAGCAAGAAAGGUGGUGGAGAACGUCAAUUCAAUGGUAUGGUUGAUGUGUACAAGAAGACCAUCCAAUCUGAUGGAAUUGUCGGACUGUACAGAGGUUUUGUCAUCUCCUGUGUUGGUAUUGUUGUGUACAGAGGUUGCUACUUCGGUUUCUAUGACACUCUGAAGCCAAUUAUCAUUGGUGAAGGAGGAAGCUUUGCUGCAUCCUUCGCUCUUGGAUACAUUGUUACCAUCAGUUCUGGUUUGGUGUCUUACCCCAUUGAUACAAUCAGGAGAAGAAUGAUGAUGACAUCUGGUGAAGCUGUUAAAUACAAGGGGUCCAUUGAUUGCACAGUCCAAAUUGUCAAGAACGAGGGUUUCAUGUCUUUGAUGAAAGGAGCAGGUGCCAACAUUCUUAGGGGUGUAGCUGGUGCUGGUGUCUUGUCUGGAUUUGAUAAAUUCAAGGAAUUCUACGUAAAAUGGCGUGUAGGAAAGUCAUAAAAAAUAGAUAUCUAGAAUUCAAAUAAUUAAUAUAGAAAGAUCUUUUGUAACAUUUUGAUGUGUGAAGUUGAACAUUGCACUUAAAGCUGGAGUAAAGGACAUUUAUGAGCGGGGAUCAUUGUAUAAUGUGUCAGAUUUUUAUAAUUUGUCCUUUAUAUGCAGUUUGUUUGAUAAGAAUAUUAAAAUUUGUUUAACAAAUAAAAA